AUGUCGCAAAAGGUUUGGAGUUACCUCAACUCAACCACCGCGACCGUGCGUCAGGCUCAUCGUGGUUGGGCAUUUAAAGAAGAAGGCUACGUGAAGAACCUCAUGAUAAACCUGAACACCAGUGACCCAGUAGUUGGCCUUGUUCGGGCGGCUUGCUUGCCGUCGAUGAAGACAGGCGCCUACGUCGUGACGGCGUGGUACAACAAAGCGAGCGGGGACAUCGCUGGAGCGUACUGCACAUGUGUUGCCGGGCUCAGCCAAUCUUGUCAGCAUGUUGCUGGACUGCUGCUGAGCGUAGCAGACAAGACAGCCAAAGAACUGCAGUCCUGUACUGACGUGCCGUGCAAAUGGAUUGUUCCUGCAGAAGCGAAAAAACCGGCCCCAAGGUUGCCACUUCACGACAUCUCUUUCCAGAGGCAUGUCGUCAACAAGCCUGGCCACAUUAAGAAACAGCGCGAGUAUGACCCUUGCCCUUAUGUGCAACCAUCUCAGGAUGAAAUUUCUGAACUCAAGGCAAGCCUUUCUGCUUGCUGCCCUUCGCUGCAAGUGUUACGCUACCUGUGCCCUCACGAUAAGGUCGCACAGAGUGAAGGUAAACCUAAUAAUCAGGUUUUAAGUGAUGAUGUGGACCUGUGGAGCAAGGAAGCUCAAGUCAUCAUAAGUGCACACUUUCAAGCAAUCGAGCCUCUAGAUGAACGAAAUCGGGAAGAAAUAUGCAGAAAAACAAUCGGGCAGGCAGCAAACAAACUGUGGUACUCUGAAAGGACUGGUCGCAUCACUGCCUCGAUGUUCAAAAGAGUGUGCCGCUGUGUGAAGCCUGAAGGCUUGUUGAAAACGUUGCUGUACCCAAGUGAUAGGGCCGUGAGCGAGGCCAUCAUGUAUGGCAGAAUGCACGAAGAAGAUGCCGUCGAAGCGUAUGCCACACUUCUACGUUGUCGUGAUGUGGAAUUGCAAGUAAAGGAAACUGGCUUGCACGUUCACAAGCAGUACCCAUUUCUGGCUGCCUCUCCAGAUCGGAUUAUUAUCUUAGAUGGAGAGGAAGGUUUGCUUGAAGUAAAGUGCCCGUUUUCAAAAAAAGGCCUUAGCGCUGAUGAGGCCUGUAAAGACAAGAACUUUUGCUGUACCCUGAAAGAUGGGCAGGUGCACCUUAAGAAAGACCAUGCCUACCAUUAUCAAGUGCAAGGCCAAAUGGCAAUAACAGGACACAAGUGGUGCGACUUUGUUAUAUGGACUGAAUCAGAAGACCCUAACGAAACGAACCAUAUAAAUGUGGAAAGGAUUUUCUUUGAUCCAUCAUUCUGGGAAAACGAAGUCCUUCCAGGAUUACUGCACUUUAUGGAGAAAGCUGUUAUUCCGGAAAGGCUCACGGGCCGUGUGAAGAGACUAGGCAAACUAUACACGACGGGACAGUAUGUGUCAUAUAAGAAGAUCAAGGACGGCUUCUACGUCUGUUCCCAAAAAGACAGAUUGGUGCUCAGCUUCAGGAAGCUGAAGUAAUGACUAGAGACUGCAUUUUAGGAAAAUGCCUAUUUUGUUCCUUGUGUUCCUAUCGCCCCGCUUUGAUAUAUAAGCAUGAAUUGAGUUUAAGAAGGGCUUUUGUAGUGCCUAUAAAUGAGUAUU